UUUUCUUUAUUAUAAGUACAGUGACGGACUUUGCUUUCUGUCUACAGAAAAUUAUCAAAGCCCAGUGGUGUGUGUGUGUAUCUGACUCCGUUUCGCUCAUCUUCUAUCAGAAAAAUGGCAGAAAAUGCUGAUUUGGUGGAGUGGCCAAAGAAGGAUAAGCGUCGUUUUCUCCAUGUUGUGUACCGCGUUGGUGAUCUUGAUCGCACUAUCCAGUUUUACACAGAGUGCUUUGGCAUGAAGGUGUUGAGGAAAAGAGAUGUCCCUGAGGAGAAGUACUCUAAUGCUUUCCUUGGGUUUGGUCCUGAAACCUCCAACUUCGUUGUCGAGCUCACUUACAAUUAUGGUGUUAGCUCAUAUGACAUUGGAACUGGAUUUGGGCAUUUCGCUAUUUCAACUCAAGAUGUUUCUAAGAUGGUUGAGGCGGUUCGUGCCAAGGGUGGAAAUGUCACCAGAGAGCCUGGUCCGGUCAAAGGUGGAGGCAGUGUCAUUGCCUUUGUCAAGGACCCUGAUGGUUACACUUUUGAGCUUAUCCAGAGAGGUCCAACUCCUGAACCUCUCUGUCAAGUCAUGCUUCGUGUUGGUGAUCUUGACCGCGCCAUCAAGUUCUAUGAAAAGGCCCUUGGGAUGAGACUCUUGAGAAGGAUUGAGAGGCCUGAAUACAAGUACACCAUAGGCAUGAUGGGAUAUGCUGAGGAAUAUGAGUCAAUAGUUUUGGAGCUGACCUAUAACUACGGUGUGACUGAGUACACAAAGGGCAACGCAUAUGCACAGAUUGCAAUAGGCACGGAUGAUGUGUACAAAAGCGCUGAAGUAGUGAAGAUAGCCAACCAAGAGCUAGGAGGAAAGAUCACUAGAGAAGCCGGACCUCUUCCUGGACUCGGCACCAAGAUUGUCUCAUUCCUCGAUCCAGAUGGCUGGAAAACAGUUCUGGUAGACAACGAAGAUUUUCUGAAGGAACUGGAAUGAGGAAGAGUAAUGAUGAUGGUGAUGAUCACAGACAAAACCAUAAUAAUAAUAAAAUGUGAUCUUAUGAAGUAGAGUGAAGACUUAGUAUUUAAUCUAAAUAAGAUGUUGGUUCAGUGUGUGUCGUGUUUCUAUGUGUUUGUUCCUUGUCUUUGAGCUAAACUCUGUUACGUGCCUGAAUAAAUAUAUUUCCACCACCUGGUUUAGGUGCUUUCCGGUUA